AUGAGGAACCCACUGAUGGUGGACGAGGGAAGCAGGCUCAUGGUCAAAUGUGAGGCUACAGGGAACCCCAGCCCUACCUACAAAUGGUUCAAAGAUGGCAGUGAGCUCAAGAAAAGCAGAGAGGUCAAAAUAAAGUCCAGCCAGUGAGUACAUCUACAAUCUCUUGAAGCUCCUAACACAUUUAGCAUGUGGUAGUAUUAACAAAACAGACAAAUGUCACAAGUCACGGCAAGGCAGUCAUUUCUCCUUCAGUAGUUUUCUCCUAAUGCUUUUACCAGCUGACCCAAACAAUGAAAAGCAUUUUUGAAAGUGAAACAUCAACACAGAGACUUCAACAUUAUUUAUUAGAUGAUAAAGUGCUAUGCCAGGGGAUUAUGAGCAAAUUCCUUAAUUAGUGAAAUAACAGAAAGUAUAAUUUGCAGCAUAGAAGUGUUUAAAGACUAGGGGGCUUUUUAAAUCAAAGUUGGUUACUGGGUUGAUGAAUAAGCCGGGCCCUAGAUUCCACACACCGUGUUCCAUAUCGCAAAUCUUUACAUUCCUAUAGCCUACAUUACUCCUGUGUCCAUAGCUUCUCUCAGCUAUGUAUUUUAACAUAACCACUUCCCUUUGAGGGUGUGUGAGUGCUUAUUUCUGGUACAAGGAGCAGGUAUCAUAAAACCAAGGACCCCUUUUAUAACACACUUGAUAACUGUCAGAUUCUACCCUGCUGAAAGUAACUGUAUCUAUCCCACUCAAAUCUGGCUUGUAUUGAGGCCCCGUUCCUGUUGCUAGGCUAGGUGCUUCGAGCCUAGUUGUGUUGUCUUUCUAUAUCUCUGUCCCCAGCCACGGGUUAUGUUUCCAUGCCAUUUUGGUUCCCUUGACUAAGUUGUUUGUGUCCCCUCUGCCAUAGGAAGAACUCCAGGGUCCAGAUCAUCAGAGCCAAGCUGGAGGAUUCUGGGAAUUACACCUGUGUGGCGGAGAACCUUCUGGGGAACUCCAACUCCACGAGCACUGUUCAUGUCCAAAGCAGUGAGUACUGA